AUGAACAACGACGUUUUUCUGGAGGUGCGAAAUGAUUUGUGCUUUGAGCCGAGAGGAAUCUAUGGAAUGGCCGCGAAUCAACAAGGGAAAUUGGCGGUCAUCAAAAAGGUCGAUAAACAGACUACAACAGAUCCACGAGCUCCAGCACCUGAUGCUGACGCGGUAAUCGAGCAAUACAAUGUGCUAGGGCAAGGCGCGGCUUUAUUGGAAAUGGUCCACUCACCGGCCAAUGGAUCUAUCGAAUGCGUUGCUUGGGUGGGCGAAUAUCUCAUCGCUGGCCACAUCUCCGGCUCAGUCUCGAUCAUUCAUCCACACGCGACCGAGAUCAAAACGGCUCAACUCUGUCCGUGUCCACUCUGGGCGGUGUGCGCGAUCGAUUCGACGAAAUGCGUCUUUACCUCUCAUUCAGCUCAAGUGAUUAUCUACGAUGUGCAACAAAAUGAGACUGUCUUUCGACGAAAUCUGGGGAUCGAUCAGCGUUUAUUUAGUGUUGCGGCUUUAAAGAAUUUGAUUGCUGUUGGUGCAACAGGAGCAGUUUUCAUCUUGGACGAGAUGGGGCAGACGCUUUUUGAGCUUCAGGUUGAACGUGCCGAUCGUCAACUACCAACGAUUGUUUGGAGUGUUGCACUUGUGGAGACAAAGAGUGGAAUCUCGGCAAUCACAGGCGACUCGCGUGGUACCCUCAGCUUUUUCGACGCAAAAAGUGGAGCAUUGCAAAAGACAAUCCAUUCUCAUCAGGCCGACAUUUUGAUUGUUCGCCAGGCGUUCAGCAAGAAUCUCAAGAAUGCACAGAUUAUGGCCGCCGGUGUUGAUCCACGAAUAGUCGUUGUGGAAAAUAAGACGGGCUCAAACUGGGAAACGGUGUCGAUGAUCACCGGAGCGCAAAGCGAUUUACGAGCUCUUGCUUUUUACAAUGAAAGGCUGUUCGCCGGUGGUGCUGACAGCUCCCUCUACGAAGUACCAAAGUUCUACGAGCGGCGACGAAUGGUUCUACAAGAUUUGCCAAUUGAUUAUUCGACAUCGAUUCUUACGGGCGGUCGUUUCUCGGUGGUGCGCGGGUCGAAUCAUUUGGACAUGUGGACAUCCGGAGUUACUACUGAACAAGAAGAUGCUGAUGGCGCUUUACAAUUGAAGCAACAACCAAAACUUUUGGCAAGAAUCUACACACAAGGAACGCAAAUUGUCACCGCUUGUGCUCUUUCGGAGAAUGGAAAAAUAUUGUGCGUAUCGACUUGUGAGAGCACAAGUGCCUAUGAAUUGAAACUCUCGAAGAUGGUUCCUGUUAGAAGGCUUCCAUUUAGAGGAGUCCCAUCAACGGCUAUUGGGAUUUUGGACAAGAAAAUCUUGCUCUGCCAUGACAACUUUGGCAUUCGUCAGUACGCGUUAAAAGGAGGCGAUCAAGAGGAAGAAGGGAAACAGAUCAUAGAACAAUAUGGAUGUGCCGCCGUGUCUCGGAUAGCAACACUUGCGAAUUUCUCGAAAGUCGCCGUGUUGACCACUCGUGCACAAAUUUUCGUCAUUGAUCUCAACAAGGGGACGUCAAAUUUGUUGCCAAAGAUGGAAAAUUGUGUGCCAACAUCGCUGGUGCUUUCCUCUCCAAACAUUCUCACCGUUCUCUCUACGGGCAUCGAUUCCUCGAAUGCAAAAGUGAUUUCGCAGUAUUCUUUGGAUGCGGCGCCAAAGUUCACUCAACUUUUUAAUUUUUCCGCUCUCUAUCCAUCGCCCGGAGUAAAACCGAUUUUGACCAGCUUGUCGAGCUCCGGUGGUUCGCAUGUGAGUUUGAUCGAUACAAAUGGAACUUUGAUUGUAUUAAAUGAGAAAUCGGUACCACUGACGACAAGCUGGAAGCAAGCCAUAGAACAUGAAGAAACACUAGGAUGGGCGAUAGGAUGGAGAAAAGUCAAGGAUUCAAAAGAAAAAGAUGAACACAGUGUCCUCUCGGUCAUUUCAAUCCCUCGCCCGGCACCCACUCAAGCACCAUUUAAACUGAAGAAAUUCGGGCAAAAC